GUUUUUCUCAGGGCUGUGAUAGACAGAUGAUCUUUGACAUGCUGAAGAGGCUCAGAUCAGUGGUGUACCUUCCAGGAGACUAUGUCUGCAAGAAGGAUGAAGUGGGUCGUGAGAUGUACAUUAUAAAGGCAGGGGAAGUCCAGGUAGUUGGUGGUCCCGAUGGAAAGACAGUGUUUGUGACCCUGAAAGCAGGAGCUGUGUUUGGAGAGGUCAGCUUGCUUGCUGUGGGUGGAGGAAACCGGCGGACAGCUAAUGUUGUAGCACGUGGUUUUGCUAACCUCCUCAUCUUGACCAAAAGGGACCUGAAUGAGAUCAUUGUGCACUAUCCAGAGUCCCAGAAACUGCUGCGCAAGAAAGCAAGGAAAAUGGUGAUGAAGGAUAAAAAGCCUGCUGAGAAGAAAGAGGAAAAAAAGGAGCCCAUUCCGAUUAUUCCUCCUCGCGCCGAGACGCCCAAACUGUUAAAAGCUGCACUGGAGAUGACAGAGAAAACAGGAAUGAAAGGAACAUGGUCCAAAAUUAAGGACAGGAGCAACAGAUCGAGUGUCUCCUUGCAG